AUGCCAACAGCUGCUGCCAACAUGACUCGUGCUUUGGGGCUGCGUUUUUCAUUAGGACGCCCAGACACCUGCAUCUGUUCGUUAAGCCACCUCAAGUGGUUGCCACCCUCGAGCAGGGCUUACACCUUUCACAUUCACCCACCCAGCCACACAACCGACCAGCUGGCCAGCCACCCAGUAGCCCAGCCAGACGGUCGGCCUAGUGGUUUUUCAAUUAGACAGCCGGCCAGCCAGCUGGUCGGCUGGACGAGCACCCAGCUUUCUAGUUCUGCUGAAUGGUCAGAGGGAUCGGAGUUUUCGGCGGGGCAAGCGUAG